AUGUUGGUUAAUGAUGUUUUGAUCAUGAUAUUUAUGUAUCUAUAUGAUAUGGACGUUUCUCUCUUUGAUUGCGUUAUGGUUUCAUGGGAUUGGGUAUAUCUCGCAAUCCCGAUAUUAUGGAAAGAUCCAUUCAAGUAUUAUGAUAACAACAAUGAUUCUUUGAGAAAAGUUAUUUGUCAUGAUUUAGAUGUAAAAGAUUAUUUCUAUAAAGAUGAUAUUCCGAUAAAAGAAUAUUCUCUUACUCUCUUUCCAUAUCUUGAAUAUGUGAAAAAAAUAAACACAUAUCAUAUAGAAAAAGUAUUUAAUAAUCAAAUAUGUGAUGAAAAUCUCAUGGUAUAUAUUAUGAUUGGGUUUUUAUUCGUUACAUCAGAUAUUAUCGAUGAUAUCACCAUCGAUUGUUGUUUUCAUAAUAUCGAAGAUUUGAACAAAUACAUGGAAAAUCAUCGUGUUCAUCUGAGUCUGUAUAAUAGAUGUUUAGAUUUGAAAGAACUUGAAAAUCUUGAUAAUCUGAAAAGUUUAAGCUUGACAAAAAUAUCCUUUGAGGAUAAUUAUGUCUUUUUGAAAAAACUUGAAAACAUGGUAAAUCUCGAAUUGAUCAAUAUUCAUAAUAAGAGAUUAAUACAUGAUAUCAUCAAAUUACAAAAUAUUAAAUUUCUCACAUUAAAUAAUUCUAUUCAUGACAUUGAUAAAUUUAUAGUCAUCAUGAAAGAAAUGAAAAAUUUGGUUUAUUUGAAAGUAAUUUCUUUUGAUAUUACUGAUGACGAUAAAAAAAUAUUAUUUAACGAACGUAAAAAAUAUCAAAAUAUAAAAACAUUGGAGUUUGAGAUAAAAAAAUAUGUCUUAUAA